UUAAAUGGGAUUUGCUAUACAAUUCAUCUCUCAUUUGCUAUAUAACACCAACAUCAGUAAGUAUGGUUAAGAAGUAAGUGCUCUUUUCUCUGCUUAGUCAUAGAAUAGUAGUAGAGAUAUGCCAGGUGAGGAGAAGAACAUGAUCACCAUACCAACAUAUAUGUUCAUGGAGUGCCUCAAGAACCAUGCGAUCGCCAUUGGUAGAAGCGCCACCGAUGGCUGUGGCGAGUUUAUGGCUGGAGGAGAGGAAGGCACCCUGGAGGCCUUCAAUUGCGCUGCUUGCGUCUGCCACCAGAACUUCCACAGGAAGGUGGAGGUCCCUCCACCAGUCCGAGAAGGGGCGAAAAAGAGGUUCAGAACCAAGUUCACCAAGGACCAGAAAGAGAAGAUGCGCCUGUUUGCUCACAAAAAUGGAUGGAAGAUAUACAAUGCAGGUGAUGCCGAGGUGCGAAGCUUCUGUGAGGAGAUUGGAGUCAGCAGGAAAGUUCUGAAGGUCUGGAUGCACAACCACAAGGCCGAUAAGCUUCCUGCUGCUGCUGAUGCUGCUACUGCAACUGCUUAAUCUCAUCAGAUCCAACUAUUGAGUACCCUGCAUCUCUUGAUAAUGAUGUAGCAUUUUGUU